AUGGAUGGAUUUAGCAGUGCAGCUCUUGGUGUUGCAGUGGGCAAUUUCAGGCGAGCUUGCCCGGAGAAUCGGGCGAAUUGCCUACCAGUUCUGCCAAGCCUGGUGCGGCAGCAGCGGCGGGCCAGGCAGAUGUACAGAGCCAUCGAGGCUAUCAGUUUGCAGAACGUUCUCCUUUUCCUGCAGGUGAUUUUUGUCUGCAUCAAGACGUUGUGCGAGCUUCUAGUGGAAAGCUCUGUUCAGAUCAGUGAAUUCGCCGAUCCUGACUGGUCAGAUGAGGAACGUCAAUGUGUUCAUGAGAGCGACGAGCUCCAGAGUCUACUACGUGGGCUGUCUAGUUUGAGGAGGUUGCUGUGGCGACUAGGUCUUGCAGCGGAACUAUUUAUGCCUGAAGGUGAAGGUCCUGUAGAUGGUUCAGACGCGGAAGCGUUGCAGGAACUGCAGGCUUCAAUUGCUUCAAGCUUGGCAAAAGCAAAGGCUUCAUGGGCCAAGCUCGAGUCGGACAUCAUCAGUCUCCGAUUGAAGAUCGAACCGUGGCAAGAGGGAAGCACAUUUGAGGCCGGUGGGUGCACCAACGGAAGCGUGCCCGAGCAACAGCGAACCGCGCCUCUUUGCAGACUCUGCUUACUACCAGCGGUGCCGCUGGGAAUGGAGGCAGAGAUCGAAGAACGUGAUCCUGGUGCAGUGUCUGCACCUUGGCGAGGUGGACAUUGGCAUGUCCAGUGUGCCAACUUCUGGCUGAGGCAUGCAUCCUGCUCCAAAGCCUUCAAGGAUCUGAAAGUGGAAGAUCCGUUCGAAGAAUAUAUAGAUAUGGAAGAGUCCCUGGAAGAGCAAUGCGAAUCCAGUUUGGAGGUGGCGGAUUUCUCAGCAACAGCUGAACCACUGGAAGGAAAUUGGAUAGAUGAUGCAGCUGCCAUCUUCCAUCGCCAUGGCUUUUGCAUCCUGCUCAAUGCAUUGGGCGGCCAGGAAAUCUCGGAUGUUUUGCAAACUUGUCUGCAAGUUGAGGCCGACAUGCUACUCUUGGAUCCAGACAGGUUGGGCUGCCGGGAUGCUGGGCGUUACAGCUUUGGGGCUGCAGCGAAAUCGGGCCACAUGCUGCAUCAUCCGGCUUGGCAGCAUCUCUUGCAAUCAAGGCCUGUGCUGAUGGUCCUGAAAAGAGUCUUUCGAGAGGGCUUCGUAUUCUGUGGUGGUGGGGGUGACUUUGUUCUUGGAAAGACAGUGAACUAUCAAAGCCUACAUUCAGACUUGGGACCAUCACGAGUUCCACCGGAAUGUCGCUCGGACUCGGAGCCUCCCAUGAUCUCGGUGAACUUCACGGUGCAGCCUGUCACCGGAGAGAACGGACCUUUGCGUGUUGUGCCCGGGCGACGCCACACUUGUGAAAAAAGUGAUGCUCCGCCAUGUUUCAGAAAAGAGCCAGAAGUAUUGCGCCAGUCAAAACUCUGUCCACUUCCUCCAGGAGCAGCUAUCAUUAGAGAUUUGAGGCUUUGGCAUGGAGGGACUCCAAAUGGCAGCAACGAUACACGUUUCUUGCCCAGUGUGGAGGUGAUGUCGUUGAAAUAUUCGCAAUACAUAUCAGGCCCCCACUCUUUUGGGUAUACGUACUGUGAGGUUUGCAAGUGGCAUCAAUGCUGCUUCUACUACAAGGACCGCAGACCCUGUUUGCCAGAGUCUUUGUUUGAAACACUACCAAUGGAAGUGCAGAAGCUAUGUGAACAGAUUCGUGGAGAUGUUCCAGUGGGUCUCCGGCAAUUUGCACGUGCCCAACGAUCUUGGGAGGAUGGAGAUCGAUCGUCAAGAUGGAAGUCAUGGAGGCCAAGUUCUGAGGGAUCUGAGACCAUCCACUGGGAUCGUGGAGGCGGCGCUGGGUCAACUUCAUAUCAUGCUUCAUAUGGCCAACGUGGCUGGCGCUCUAAUGACUGGAGUGAAGCGACUGGAAGCAAUGCUCGCUCCAAUGCUGGCAGUCAGAGAGUCUGGACACCAAACGCAUCUUGGGAAGAUAAGACAUUUAAGACAGAGAACUUUGCAAUUUCCCUAAGGGAAGGCUUCGCUGCAGCUGGAACUGUCUUGGCAAAGACGUUGCGUGUCACGGUGGGAGUCGUACUGAUCGCAAAGGGUCUGCGAUUUUUGAACUUUCUUUCCAGGACACUGGAGCGCCGUGGCGGAGCCAAGUUGCGUUUGCUCAAGGCUUUGCCCUUUGCAUCAGCAGUGUCGAAAGUCUUGUGGAUAUUUCAGCACACCUGAGUCUAUCUGAGUCUAUCAAAAUCCAUCUAAGUCUAUCCGAAGCUGCGACUUGCAGAGCUGCUCAUGAUGUGAAUCUCACACAUAGAUGUGCUCUGUCUGUGGAGUGUUGCGCACCUCACCAUCACCGUCCUGUGCUUCCCGCUGCCGUGUUUCGUCGAUACGCCGGCUUCAGCGCUGGAGGGCCGUCUCCUACGACAUUCACUUGACAUUCACUUGGAACCAUCAGGUUGUGCAUUGGUGCUUCCCGACCCAGCUUCAGACUCGGAAAGUGCGGAAGGCAAAUUGGAAAUGUCAUAAAAAUUCAUGAAAUGCCGGGGCACGCCAGCCCAAGCUGAGCGAGCUUAAACAAACAAGAGCUCCACAUAGCUCUACUAUAUUCAAACAAAAAACUUUCUGACCAGCACCGGUCACACCUUGAUGCCCCAUCCAAUUCUGUGAUGAACAAUUCUAUGGACAGAGCGAUCCUCGCAAAUCGUGGUGCAGAAGGACACCGGAGUUCCUCGACAAUCCUGGAAAUCAAGCUGCUCUUGAAGCUGUUUGAGAUGUCACUUCACGCAUGACUUCCUGUGACAAAAAAGCUGGUUGCAAGGGAGUCUUGAUAUCUACCAGGGUGUCGUUCUUCAAUGCCACCAUGCCGACUUGAUCAUCUGAAAGGCUUCGACUUGAUGAGUGUCAUUCAAAGAGAGUUACUGAAUCGUAAAGAUACUUCAAGUGUCAUGGAGUCUGAUCAGUCUUAGAUUCAAUGGCUUGGCCCACUUCAUCCUUGCCGUUUGGUGAAGAAAGACUCCACCCCUAUGGAGCCAGAAACUGGUAAAUAUACAUUGGGCCAUUGGGGCGCGAUUUCCAGGCGGAGUCCUGGGAAUUCCAGCGUGAUCUUCAAAUUGUUUCACGACUGGCAAAUGUGAGUGUCGGUCAAUAAGGAGCUGAAAAAGCUCGUGGAAAGAAA